ACACACACACACACACACAAAGGAACAAUUUUGAUUCAAUGCCGGCAAACGAAAAUAAAAAUUAAAGUUGAAUAAUAUAAUAUGUUAAGGAAAGGAAUUUUAUUGCACUUGCUGCUUGCCUUCAUUUACUGCUGCAACGCUGAGCAUGAGACUUCAGUGCUGCCGGAGUCUUUUGUGGAUGCCGCCCAGCGCUCAACACAUACGAAUAACUGGGCGGUGCUAGUGGAUGCGUCACGCUUCUGGUUCAACUAUCGUCACGUCGCCAAUGUGCUAUCCAUUUACCGUUCGGUGAAGCGCCUGGGUAUACCCGACUCCCAGAUAAUCCUGAUGAUCGCCGAUGAUAUGGCGUGCAAUGCACGGAAUCCGCGACCUGGUCAGGUGUACAACAAUGCCAAUCAGCAUAUCAAUGUGUAUGGGGAUGAUGUGGAGGUGGACUAUCGUGGCUAUGAGGUGACCGUGGAGAAUUUCGUUCGUUUGCUAACGGGUCGCACACAAAAUGGAACCGCACGAUCAAAGAAGCUGCUAUCCGAUGCCGGCAGCAAUGUGCUCAUCUAUCUGACGGGACAUGGCGGCGAUGGUUUCCUCAAAUUCCAAGACUCCGAGGAGAUAACCAGCCAGGAGCUCGCUGAUGGCAUACAGCAAAUGUGGGAAAAGAAACGUUACAACGAGCUCUUUUUCAUGGUGGAUACUUGCCAGGCGGCAUCGCUUUAUGAGAAGUUCACAUCGCCCAAUGUUUUGGCCGUGGCUAGCAGCCUGGUUGGCGAGGAUUCUCUAUCCCAUCAUGUUGAUCCCUCGAUUGGGGUUUAUAUGAUCGAUCGGUAUACUUAUUAUGCGCUCGAGUUUCUCGAGAAAGUGCUACCAUUUAGCAAGCGAACAAUUGGCGAAUUCUUGCAAGUGUGCCCGAAGCGUGUCUGCAUCUCAACGGUGGGCGUGCGCAAGGAUCUAUAUAGACGGGAUCCGCAUAAGGUGCCAAUCACCGACUUCUUUGGUGCCAUUCGACCCACACGCGUCUCCACCGAUCGCAUCAAUGUCACCCUGGCAAAGGAGCAGUCCUUUAUCAAUGAGGUGUCCCAUGUUCAACAUAAGAAACAAUUUACGAUCGUGAUGGAACCACAGUUUACAACUAAAUUCUUAGAUUAAACAAAAGUGAUUCCAGCCUGUGGUGAGGUGCUGGAAAUUAAAUGAGUUCAAAUCUUUUACACAUUUCAUGUGAUAAUAUUAAAUACAUUUCAUUCCAGUAUUUUAAAUAACGUUUAUUAUUAUUACUACAUAUAAAUAAAGAGUUUUUUAUAUCUGCCUGUUGACAGUUUUGGUUUAAUCGAA